UCCGGUGUGGGUGGUUUGUUUUAUGGUAGUUAAUGGCGGUCGCGUACAGCGUUGUCUGUCAACAUCCUCACGGUUUUAAUUGUAACUGUCUAAUUGUAAUCAAACAUGUACUCGGGUGUGUUGGGAAUGCGGGGUAGUUACACGAUAUUUAUGUUCAACUUUCAGGUUGGCUCAUGUGCCGUGGUGCUUGGAAAUUCACGGUUUAAGGCGAGGCGAAAACGACGUAAACGCUGAGCAUGGAGGACGAAGAAGGAGACAAAGUCAGCGGGUGUGAAGUAGCCGAACUCCGUCUUCAGGUGGAGUCGUUGAAGGAAGAUCUUAAGGAGUGCAAAGCUGAGCUGGCCAAGUUGCAGAAACAACUGAGUCAUUCCGAGAGAUUGCAGAGGAGCACGGAGAGCUACAACGAGGAUUUGAGGAAACAGGUGGAUCAACUGAGUGCAGAGAUUCAUGAGUGGAAGAAAAAAACUAAAGACAAAGUUCACACUGAAACUCAAACCGAAGAAUAUGUUUGGACUGACACAGACUAUUAUAACUACUACUACGGUGACUACUAUCAGAACACAGAGGCUACGGACUCCCAGGAAAGUCAAGGGGCGACUCAAGCGGCGGAUGCAACUGGUGGAGGUGACUUGGCAGAGGUUGCAACAGUUGAACAAGCGGAUGCGACUGCGGCCACGGCUGCAGAUGUGUCUGCUCAACCUGAUAGCAGCGUGGCAGCCAGCGCAGAGCAGGGUGAUGCAGCAUCCAUUGCUGAUAUGUUAAGAGCCACCGCUGAGGAGGCCAUGACGCAGACGGGCUUUGUCUUUGACGAGACAACCGGCAUGUACUAUGACCACAGCACUGGCUUCUAUUAUGACUCGGUCAGCCAGCUGUACUACGAUGGCACCACAGGCAUUUACUACUACUACGACGCAGAAAGUGGACGCUACCAGUUUCACUCCAAGGUCGAGGUUUCUGCUGUGCACACUGGCGACCAAGAUGAUAGCGUGACUGAAAAGAAAGGCCGAUGGUUCAAAAGAGGCGCAAAGAAAUCCUCAGGGUACAACGAUAAGGAGUACACGUUUGAUGAGGUCAAGUCGGAGGAAGAAGAACAGCAAUCAAAGCGCACAACAGAAUCCCGAAAAACUAGACGACGGUCUCGUAGUCAUGAGUCGCGAGAAAGAGACUCCAAACGGCGGGGCGAGAGGGACAAGUCUUCCUCCAAGAGAAAAAAGCACAAAAGUGGCUCAAGCCACGACGAGAAGAGAAGGUCAAAGAAGAAAAAGAAGGGUUCCAAGUCGUCGUCGCGCAAGAAGGAGCGCCGCUCGCCAACUCGGGGCGGCGACUUGGAGGGGAACAGUGAGGCCGAGGAAGGGGAGCUCACAGAGUCUGAGAAGGAGCAGUGGGAGUCUCCACCUUCUGUGUCGCCUUCUCGGAGCUCUCCAUGCAACCACAGCCCCGAGUCCGAGAUGGAGACUCAGUGUCGGUCAGAGUUGUGGCCGCCCUGCGUGAGAGUGACGGUGGUGCGAUCCCCGGUGCUGCAGGUUGGCACCUUGUUUAUCAUCACAGCCGACGCUGCGGCCACCAUCGGCAGAGAGAAAGACAUGGACCACGCAAUUCGGAUCCCGGAAAUGGGAGUUAGCAAGUUGCAUGCCGAGGUGUACUUUGACCAGCAGCAGCAGAGCUACAUGCUGGUGGAUCAGGGAAGUCAGAAUGGAACGGUUAUCAACGGCAACAGAAUCUUGCAGCCCAAAACCAAGUGUGAGCCGCACCCACUGACCCACGGCGACGAGGUGAAGAUGGGAGACACGGUGCUGUCUUUCCAUAUCCACGCCGGGACCGACACCUGUGAUGGCUGCGAGCCGGGCCAGAUCAUAGCUCACCUCAGCAAGCACAAGCGAGAGGACACGGCAGGGCCAACGCUAACCAAAGAAGAUAAGGAAGUACUGAGGCAGAAGGAGCUGAAAUCCAUGAAGGCCAAGUAUGGCCUCCAGAGUAAUGAGUUUGAAGAAGGCAAAGCCCUGAGGAACCCAAAGUACAGGGACCGAGCCGAGUCUCGGCGUCAGACCGUGGGCAGCGAGGGACUUUUCCAACAAGAUGAUGCCCCAGCUUCUGUUCAUGUGGAGAUCAGCGAGGUCAAUAAAGGAAGGAAGAUGCUGGAGAAGAUGGGCUGGAAGAAAGGAGAAGGAUUGGGGAAAGAGGGAACCGGAAUGAAAGAUCCGAUUCAGCCUCAAAUCCGGAAGGCCCAAUCAGGUCUGGGAGCAUGCGGGACCAUGUCUGUGGACGACGCCUCACUGACCAGAUCCAAAUCCCAAAAGAACUGGGAGAAAGCUCGUGAGCGAUUUGCCGACUCGUGCCAGGUUGACACGCCCUCGCCCAAAACCCAGUGCGUGUCCCCCAAAGCCUGGGUCAAAGCGGAGCCCGAGGCUGCCGACUCCCAUGCCGACGUUGAUCCAGAGACUCAAAGUUAAUGAGAACAUCCAUGUUCGGAAUACAUGAAUCCAACCUCUGCGAUCAUACACAAUUCUGUGGAGAGAAGAACUCCGUGUCGGGGUCCACCCAGCUCCGGUGCUGUACUGCCACCGUGGCCGCCAUGGAUUGCUCUCGGCAAAUAUUGACACACCGAGGUUCUAUUUCUCACAGUGAGCUCAUACUGCGAGGAGAUAACUGCUGAUAUGCUGGGAUGUUGCACAGCGUAACAAGAAGUCCCAAAACAUGACCAUGACAAUGUGUAUGUUUAUUAUUAGGAAUGACUGAUGCUUACUUUUAUUUUUCAUGUUGUCGAUAAAACGUCCAUCACUUGA